CCGUAAGAAAGUUGGAAGUUGAGGUUGGAAGAGGAUGAGAAGAUCUCAGGCGGCGGUGUUUACUUCAUUCACUGCUCGUUUGGGUUCUCCAGAAGAGAUGAGGCUUUGUGUUCCUGCGGUUCCUGGGUGUUUGUGUCUGUACUAAUGAACGGGUGUAGUGUAUCAGCAGGCUCACUGCGUUAUAUCAGCGUUAUUAACGUCGUAUUAUUAGGAGUCUUGGUGUGUUUAAGUGCAGGAUCAGAACUGAAAGUCAGGGUCAAGCUGUUAGAUGGACAGAUAGCAGAACAGAGAUUAGAAUCGGACAGUGAUCGGGACAUCAUCUCUGUAGAGUUCAGACACACAGAUGGAACUCUCAUCACCUUCCUGUCUGACUUUAAACGGCAUGUGAAGAUCCUGCGGGCGCUGGUGCUGGGCGAGCCGGAGAGGGGCCAGACGCAGUACCAGGCCCUGUGUUUCAUCAGCAGACUGGAGCAUGGAGAGAUCAUCCCAAGCGAGGCCAUGGUCAGACUGAGACAGAAAAACCCUGAUGUGGUGCGGACGGCAGAGGAGAAACGAGGUACCGAGAGGAUGAGGAUGAACAUGGCGGUGAACCUGACGCUCUCGGGGCACCUCAGCUCGCACAUCCGGAGCGUGUGCCGGGACGCCCGCGACGUCGUCUACGCGCGUGAGGAGGAUGUCAAAUACUGGAUAGAAAAAGGUGUGAACGCCUCCAUAUUCAAAGAUCUGCCCCCGAGCGGAGACGCCGCGGCCCCGAGAAGCUGCAGCGCGACCGCGGACACGUGGCAGCCGUGCUCGUGCAGCUACACCGUGAGACUGGAGUGGUACCCGUGCGCCCUAAAGUUCUGCCGCGGCCGCGGGCCGAGUCCCUACAGGUGCGGCAUCAGGAGCUGCAGCAAGGCCUACAGCUUCGACUUCUACAUGCCGCGCAGACAGCUGUGCAUGUGGGACGAGGAGAGCUAACGGUACCGCUUUAACCAGACAAAGAAACGAUCCGGCGUUAUCGGUGCUGCAGAA